CCGUGUAGCCGCGAGCUGAUGCGAAAAUAAAAAUAAAGAGAACACAAAUGGCAGAUAAAGCUUUGCUACGUUUUGCUGACGGCGAUAAGGGAAAAUAAAACUAAACAGCUUAGUUCGCCCAGUUCGGAUGCAUUAUUGCCACUUCCCUUGCCACACACAAACACCAACGCACGCAGGCAGUGGAGGAAUAAUAACGUUUAGGCAAACCAGUGGCAGUGUCUUUCGCUCGGAUGAAAGUGUUGUGUGUGCUGGUGGAUGAAGAGUUUAUUCACAUGCGACGCAUUCCAUGGUGGUGCUAGGCCAGUUGCACUUUGCGUUACAUAAGUAUUGUGUGCGAGAUGUGAAUCGUGUGAAAAGCAGAAAAAACGCUCCCUUAUUUGGGGUUGGAUGGCGAGAAAGUGUAUGCUGUAACGGCGGCGGUGGCCAGAGUGUAUGAAUGAAAGGUGUCCAUCGGGAUGAAGUAGUCCGAUCCCCUACGCGAGUCGCCAUAUUGAUUUCCCGAGCUCAGUGAUGCAGCUACCGAGGGAAGGAUCGUUCGCGGAAGCCUACUAAUUUGUGUCGUCCGUGUUGCUGUGGUAGUAAAAGCAGUUUGGUUGGGCAUUUGGCCGCUGCAGCAAAUAAGUUAUGCUGGUUAAAGAAACAACAAAUCGGUGAAGAAGAUGUGAGUGUCGGUGGUGCAUUUUUAUCGGGUCACUGUCUAUUCGCUGUGAACGAGUGUGACCAGUGCAAAGAAAAGCAAAUCAGAUUGGCACCGUGCAGGAGUGAAAAGAAAGGAGAGUGUGAAAAAAUUGCUACAGUCAAUAUCGCAAUCGCGUAGUGUGAGCGCGCACGCACACGGCGCAUAGUGUGCGUGUGUGUAGGAGCGCCGUGUGUACGUCAAAAUAUAGUGAAAGAGUGUAGAGUGGAGUGGUUUUUUUUCUUCUCGCUAUUAAGGUUACACGGGGAGUGGUGUGUAUAUACGGCGCAAGGUGUACAAUAAACAGAGUGCCGUCUUUUUGUUGCGAUCUCGCAGUUCAUUAAUCGAGGUAUGCUGUGAGGGUGUCAGUAUCGUAGUGUGCCAGGAAGAAGAGGUUGGGGAGGGCUGCCGGUGAUGAGACACAAGCAAAGAGAGAAUGCAUUGAGCAACAUCCCAAAUAUCAACAUCGUCAGACAACGGAACGCAAGAAAAGCGCUGUCCCUAAUUAUAGAGGAAAAACUAAUUCAAAUCUUACCAGAGCAACUGAAGAAAACGAGUAAAAGAGCACCAAAACUCCGAUUGUUAGCAAAAUACUCUUCCUACAGUCGAUGGUGCCAUAUGGAAAACAUUGAUUCCUGCUGAACAUCGUGCGAAUAUCAUCCUUUUUACAAAGAAACCCCCUAUUGCCCUUAAAAAAGAAGACAAAACAAACAGCAUUACAAUGGCUACGAGUCCCGGUUCAGAUAAUAAUUGUAACAUCUAUAUGCCACCGCUAGUUUGCUCCGUGGCGUCCUCGAAUGACUUCAGCGAUUAUCAAUGGUUUACCGAUUUCGGAAGUUAUCGCGACGGAGUUGCCACACACCAGAGCAUCCUUUCGGCACUAUCCGCGUCGUACAAUGGAAUUGGCGAGCUGUCGUACUACGAGAAGAUGGCGAAGGAUAUCGAUGCCAAUCUGGCAGAGAUCGAUAUGGAAAGCUUCCGCAGGGAGGACAUCAACUCGCUGCUGAGCGCCAUCCCAACGCAGCUACGGCUAGACGAUGCAGAGCGCAAGGCGCGCAACAACAAUCGCAUCUUCUCGACGAUUACCAGCUGUACGGCGGCAGGACUAAUACCGGCCGAUAUGAUGGACAAUUCAUUCUGCAAAUCGGAGCUUUUGUUUUCGCCCGUUAAAGAAUCGCACAUCAGCGUGGAUUCGUUAGACAUGGACGGGUAUCCGGAUGAGGAAGAUAUCAUACUGACGUGUCAGGCGAACAAGGAUAACUACACGAUAGCGUUCGAGCAAAGCAUACUGUACUCGGAAGAGAGUUAUUACGAUGGUCCAGAACACUAUGGAAAGUACAAGCGUAUGAACUUGUUAAACAAUCUACAAAACCGUGCUCAGUACAUUCGGCAUAAAGAUGCCAUGUCUCGGUCUGAGGUGAACUACACAACCUGGAGCAAUUUGAAGAAGAAUGGAAUGCCGCAAAGGCCACCGAUGGCAGUAAACCCGCUAAUUACACACAUCUCGCGCCACAAUCGGUCAUGCUUCGUGCGGAAAAGCUUCAGCAUGCCCAAUCUACAGUUGGACCAAGCAUGUGCGUCCCCAGCGCAUCUUCCUGCAAACGAUCAGCAUCCGCUGAACGUUUCCCAAGCUGGAAAUGGUCACAACGGUGCGGAAGAAUCGUAUGACAGACCGUUGCGUUCCUUACUUCCAAUGUACACCUUUCCGACCGAUUCGGAGAAUGAAAGCAGCACCAACGGCAAUGGAGGGGAUGAAAACGAUCAAAGCGACUCGAACAAUCAUCUCACAGUGCACGAACAGAUAAAGCACCAGCAACCGGAUGAAGUGCAGCACCAUCAACAGUCACAACAGCAAGCGCAACAGGCGCAGACGCUGCAGCAGCCGUCGUUUAAUUUGGUGAAGCUUUUCAUCAAGCAGAAAAGCAGCUCGACGGACACUUGCAUGGAUGUGUCGUCCGGGUGCUGGCCCAGCGACAGUACCAACAGCGGCGGUUCGGGUGAUCACCAGCUGCAUCACCUCGGUACGCCCGGAGCGACGCGGUGUCGCAAGAAAAGUAUGCACGAUUCGGGCAAAUGUUCCACCACCGGUGGGGGAAGUGUUGUUGGCGGCAGGCAUGGCGAGGAGGAAGAGUAUCAGCUGGAUAGUUUAGAUGCACAAAUCAACAACGGUCACGUGAAUGCGAAUAACAAUAACGGGAGCCACAGCGACGCCGAUGAGGAUGCCGACGAUGAGCUACACGACGGAAGAGGACCGCCUCCGUCGUCGCCUCAGCGAGGCCAGGGUCCGAAUGGUGGAACGGUUACGGGUAAUGUGAAGCUGAAUGAUUUUAACCGACAGAUGCACAGCUCGCCACGUAGACAGUACAAGGGCUUCAACAUGAACAUUGGCGGGGGUCGACGAUUGCUGCAGGAUCUGUUGCAACAACACAACAACAACAACGGCGGUGGUGGGGGUGGCGGUGGCGGUGGUGGUAGCAUUGGACCGGGCAGCGGUGGUGCACUGAACAGCAGUAGCAGUAUUACCAACAACAAUAAUCACAAUCUAAACAACAAUAAUAGCUAUAAAGACACCAACAGCGAUACGAGCCGUACGUCGGAAAACUUGACGCAAAUAUUCAACCACAGUGGCAAUAACAAUACCACGCUGUCGUCGGGCUCGAAAACGAAGAUUCCGAUCGAUAUGAUCACCAAAUCAAUGCAAACUUCCCUCAUCGGGACACCCACGACCGGUGGUGGCAAUGGGGCGCGGGAGAAGGUCCGCGUCAUACCACCCUCAUUCCUGGAUCGGCUAAACGAGCUGGGCGAUAAGCAGAAGGCGCCCGUGUUUGUGGUGUACCCGAACUAUGCACUUCCGGAUUUGGGCUUCCUGAAGACACAGAACGAGGUCGUCAUAUCGCCGCUGACGUUCAAGGAAACGAUGACGGGCGCGGGUGGUCGCCCGCUGAAGAAGCCGCGCCCCGUUUCGAUGAACGACAUUGAAAAUAUACGGCAGCGGGAGUAUAAGCACGUGACGGACUGGAAAUCGCUCGUGUUUCUUCUUCCGGCCGAGUAUCGCAAGCUGCUCCGCCAUAUUCCGGAGGUCGGCGAACUGAGCCUGUCGACCGAGAAGCAACCGAUGUUCUGCAUGACGCCUCCACUGCGACGCGGUGUGGCCCGUGGCGUGAGCUGUGACUGUACCAAUCUGCUAAACCAAAACACGCAAACGUACAACAGCUCCAGCUCGGGCGGAAGUUCUAGCGCGGCACCGAGCUCCGGGUAUCGGGGCUCAUCGACGAUGCUUACGACGGACUCGGAGAUGGAUGGCAUUCUGGGGCCGUCCAACAGUAGCAACAUUUUCAACAAUAAUCUGUACGUGUACCAGUACGACAGUCCGGCCGAGAUAUUGGCACCGUGCGAAAGGCCUCCCUCCGGUCGCACGGGUGGCAUUGCGUCCAAGAGUAUUCUGCGUCGACCCCCAGGAACGGGUGCGAGAGGGACCAGUAGCAGCAAUCCAGCUGCGAGCAAUGGAGGCACCAGUCAGGGAAACAUGAAAGCGAAACGUAGCAGUAUGUUUGAAGAGCAACACGUACCGCACUAUGCGCAAGCUACACGGGAGAAGCGACGUUCGCUGCAGGAACACCAUUCGUACAACUUUUACGAAGACGCGGAAGAGGAAGAGCAGCAGCAGCAGCAGCAGCAGCAGGGUGAGCAGUGUGUGGAGCCGAAGCUUCACAAUUCGCCCAACAUGACACCACACCCACGGUUGGCCAACACACCGAAGCUCCCGUCGGCUGACCAUUACCACAAGCUGAACAAGCUGGUAGAAUUCAACGAUAGUGAGGCGGCCGCUGCCGCAACCAACCACGACGGUCACGCUGUCGACGAUGAUCUAGAGGCACGUGCACGUGCGGAGCAAUUCCUAUCGCACGUGCCAAAGUCGGAGCUCAAGCAUUACGCCGAAAUUGCACACAUUCUCGAAUCGACAGAAAUGAUCGAAUCGUCCGAGCCGGCUUACGAUCGUACCCGGCUCCGCAACGAGGUCAGCCGACUGCUGUCACAGAAGCGUAACGUCGUGACGUUCACGAAGCAACAAAGCACGGGUCCAUCGUCCAGCAACACGCCGACGACAGGUGGUAACAACACCACACCCGUGCGGCAGCAACCCUCAUCUCCGGGCACGGCUUUGCUGCGACCGACGGAAAUCAAGUUUUCCACACCACCAAACUCACCGAACAUGUCGGUGACGGUGGCGAAAACUGCCCAUCACCACCAUACUGUGGCCGGAGCGGAAAAGAAACCACCCGUUGCUCAACGUACGCCACCGUCGAUGGUAGGCUCGCCUGCUUCGAUCGGUACGGAAAAGGAAAAGCAGGACAAAAUUCAAACGAACCGCUUCAAGCGGCUGCAGAUACAGUGGGAAUUGUUGAGCAAGGAAGCGAACGCGGCGAAGGCAGCAUGUGAAAGCCAGCGGAAGGAGAUUCGCAGCGGUGGUAAUACACCGACCGGUGGUAACGGUGGACCCAAAUCACGCAUUCCACGUCCUGUCAGUUAUCCCACGACCAGAACAAACUCUGAUCCUGUGGUGAGCAAAACGCUAAAAUCCCCUAGCCGAAUUGUGGCACCGAAGCGGUACGGUGCACUGCAGUCCCCGGUCACAACGCCCCCCACACCAGCCCCGCGUACACCGGCCAAAACGUUUAGCAACACCACGCCCAAGAAAGUGUCAUCUGCUCCCUCUCGCCCCGCGACACGCACACGCAUUCCGCUCGGGUAUCGCAGCAAAAAAAGUGCUGCAAAGUAACCGGAAGCGGCGCUGUAAAUGAUCGUUUUCACGAGCGGAACAUGACGCCAAUAGGAUAUGGAAUGGUUGAUAGCAUCACGAUUGAUUUAGUAUUGCUUUUAAGCCAAAGGAAGUGUAUAAAAUAUUAACCCAAACUACCUGUUACCGAGAAGGCGAACCCGAAAGGAUGGUGGGAAGCUGCUGCUGCUGCUGUAAAUUGUACGUUGCUCGCGUUUUGAAAUGUUUACUCCUAAAGGUUCUCUCCAAAACGCAACUAGAUAAGAAGAGUGCUGCAACCCGUGAAAUGUCCUGAUGUAGAUCGUUCCUGUACCGGUUGGAUGUAAGCUUUGUGUUUUUAGCCACUUGUAUACACACACACACACACACAAACACACAAUCGUUUAUUUACUACUGCUGCCGCUUGCUAGCAUUAAUACUGCACGUCGUGUAUCCGUAACGGUACGAAUGUAGGAUAUACGGUAGGGAAAGAACUGCGACUGAAUUACACCGAGUGGCCGAGUGGAAGGAAAGUGUGUAGAUAAAUGGUGUGUGCAAGCGCGGAAUGAUUGUCUGUGUAAUGAAUGCGGGUUGUACAACGCUUUUUCGUACCGUCACGGUACGACAAGAUCGUGCACGGAACCGCUUUAAAAUGAGGAAACCCAGCAAGCAAGCAUUACAUAUAGCUCUCUCCCCUAACUCAUAUAUACAUAUUACAUCCCUACCUUCGGUACGCUGUAUAUCGAAUGGAUGCUACUUUACGCUAAAGUACUCAACAUUCUGAUAACAACAACAAUCGCCCGGUUAACAAACUAUAGCUUGUUUCUUUUUUUUAAUCGGUUCUGCAAGGUGGGUGAUCGAUCGAUGGCAUCGGUGUUCUAGCGCGGCAGCAAUCAUUAUUCAACGCUUUGCUUAGUCAGCUUGCUUCAAAAUAGCUAUUCAAAUAUUCAUAGAAAAAAAUCAAACGAUAAUAAUACUCAGAUUCGCUCGUAAUAUCGUAAUAUCGAUCGAUGCAGAUCGUGGAAAACAAAGGAGCGCCAGCAGAACGUUAGAUUAAGGGCAGAAGAGAGCGCUACGACACACACACACAGAUAGAGUGUUAUGGAGCGAGUGUUAAAGUUGGAUUAGCAUCGUUUAGCAUUAGCGCAUGGCAGGCGUACACAGCCGCAUAACAAAGCUAAGAUACGGGAGGGAAAGAGCAUAUUUCGGUAUCCAUCAUCAUCCUUAUUAUGAUUACCAGCUGUUUGUGUCCUUAUAAGAUGGCCAGAAGCAGCAAUCCCUCGGUUUGCCUCGUUUUUCCGUACUCGUACUCGUAGCUAUUAAAGCAGACCAAAUCACUAAGUCAUUAGAGUAAAGGCUUCUAAAGAAUUAUAUAUUUUACUCCUUAUUCCUAGUCUACUUUUUUUCUCUAAUUGAUAUACAUAAAUUUUUUAUCGUUUUUUUUGUUUUCGUUUCGUAUUGUUUCCUCUGUUCGACGUUAAUAAUGUUAGGAAAAAGUGUCGCGAAAAAAAUCGUGCUCGAAUGCAGUACAAAGCAA